AUGGAUGGUCUGAGUUGGAAUGCCUCACAACUUGUUGCAAACAUACCAAUCUUGUGGAGCACUCAGCCACAAGAACUUGAAGGAGACUACUCCAUGCCCAACCUUAGUUCAAGUGUUCUAAAUCAAAUGCAAGGGAUGCAGAAGGCUCAAACAGUUGCUGGAACCAGUUGGGAAGAAGCUUUAGCAUCUCAAUCAUGCCCGUCCCUUUCAGUCAAUAUCAACACAACUAGCAAUUAUGUGCCAGAUUUCAACAUGGCCCACCAGCAGCAACUUAUCAACAGCACCCAAAAUGGAAAGUCUACUUGCUCUCUUGAGUCACUUGAUUGCUUGUUUUCAGCUACAACUAAUAGUAACACAGAACCUUCUGUGGAAGAUGAUGGGAUUUCCAUGAUUUUAUCUGACUGCAGAAACUUAUGGAACUUCAGUUAUGGCAGUGCAGUUUCAUCUGGUGAAUCUGAGAGUAAUGCUUCCAAUGCUAGAAACCAAGACAUGCAGUAUCCUGUCACUGAACUCGAUGAAACGGUAUCUCAAAGUUCCUCGGAUCAAUAUGUCAUGAGUCAAGGGAAAACAAUACAUUCUAAGGUAAAUUGCUCAAAAAGAAGUUAUGAUGAUCAAUAUGAGUUUAUCAAAGUUGCUGCCAAUGAUCCCUACUUCAGUAUUGUCCAGAAUUCUUCUGCUACUGAAAGUGGUUUCAAGCUUAUCUCUGAGAAUCAACCAAAGAAACCCAGAUGGGAUAAGCGUCCUGGUUCAUCAAAUAUCAAUUUCCAGCAGCCAAAUUCAUCUGUGUCAACUUCCAUCAUUGAAGAACCUGAUCCAGAGGCUAUAGCACAAAUGAAGGAAAUGAUAUAUAGAGCUGCAGCUUUUAGGCCAGUGAACUUGGCCUUGGAAGUAGUGGAAAAGCCUAAAAGGAAGAAUGUGAGGAUAUCAACUGAUCCACAAACUGUGGCUGCAAGGCAAAGAAGGGAGAAAAUAAGUGAGAGGAUUAGGGUUUUGCAGAAGAUUGUGCCUGGUGGAAGCAAGAUGGACACUGCAUCAAUGCUUGAUGAAGCUGCAAACUACCUCAAGUUCCUCAGAUCACAAGUGAAAGCACUAGAAAAUCAAGGGAACAAACUUGACACAAUGAAUUGUCCUCCUACUAGCUUUGCCUUCUCUUUCAACCCUUCUUUUCCCAUGCAAACCUAUUUCUCCAUCCAAAACCCUAGUGGCCAUAUCCAACAUUCCCAGGGUUGA